CCCCGGCCUGCAUUAAUAUUGUUUUAUCUAUUGUGAUUCAAUUGAAUGUACUAUAGACAUCAAGUAUUUCAGAAUGCAGAACCAACGAGUUUAAGUGUCGCUAUUGAUGAAUCUGCACAGUACUACCUAAAUAUGUUGCCACCAUCACCGAUUCCGACUCCUGGUAGUGAAACUGGAAUGGAUGAAACGUAUGUCAUUGAUGGGACGCAUAUUUCCGCCGAAGACUACGCUAAACUUGUUCAGGCACCAACUAUGCGGAAACGAGUUAAUCGAGAUGUAAAUGUUCUAUGGAAACCUGAGGAGCUUGCCACGUUGUACAUGAAACCAGAUGUAAAGAAUCCUUUGAAAAUCGUGGUAACACCAGAAGAAAAAAAGAAAGUCAAAGAUUUGUCUCUAUACAUUCAAAAAAAGUGGGAGUUAAACAUCGCCAAAAACGGUAAUGACGACAUCGAUCGGUUUUUGGACAAGUGGAUGGGUGAAUAUUUCAAAGAGUGUCGCCGUCAAGCUAAAAACAAUAAAUAA